AUGGAGCAGAACACUGUUCUGCCUUGCCAAGACCAGUACUUUGUAGGAGGCCAGAGCUAUAAUUGCCCGUAUUCCACUACAACGUCAGAAUCUAGUGUUGACGUUUCCACGGAGACUUGGGUCUCUUUCUGGGCUGCUGGUCUCCUGGACAACAGAGAGCCCCAACAAGCACCACAGGCGCAGGAAUCAUCCAGUGACUCCAAUUUCCCUGUUCCUAACUCAUGUUCGUGGGAAGAGGCUCAGCUUUCCUCUCAGCUCUACAGAAACAAGCAGCUCCAAGAUACUCUGGUGCAGAAGGAAGAAGAACUUGCUAGGUUACACGAAGAGAAUAAUCACCUUAGACAAUACCUGAAUUCUGCUUUGGUUAAAUGUCUUGAGGAAAAGGCCAAGAAAUUACUGUCAUCAGAUGAGUUUUCCAAAGCAUGUGGAAAAUUCAGAAAGGGAAAGAGGAAACCCAAAGAGCAAAGAUAUUUUCCUCCUGAGAUCCCCCAUCACAAAAAUGCCAAGAGAAACCUCUCCGGUGAAUUUGCUAACUGUGAAGAACAACCUGGGCCCCCUGUGGAUCCCUGGGUUCUUCAAACACUUGGAUUAAAAGACCUCAAUACCAUUGAUGACACUUUAUCAGCUAACUACAGUGCCCUCUCCUCUCAUCCCAGAAGAAUUGCCAGCACAUAUCCCCAGUUUCCGGAUGAUGCAGUCAAUUAUGAAAAUAUCCCCAGGGAGGAUCUGCCAAUUGACUAUGGAGGUGACCAAACAACCCCCUCACAUAGCACUGCCAGGCACGGGGAAGAUUUUCACUUACUUUCUCAACUUUCAAAUGUGCCAGGAGGGCUGCAAACUCCUCCUUACUAUACUUCUGAUGUGUCUCCCAAUAAGACAGAGAUGGCCUUUUCCACAUCCCUGAGCCCUCACUGUAAUGUGAAAACUCAUUCCUUCCACCAGGGACAAGCCUUUGUUUGUCGAGAUGAGGAGGGAGGCUGGAAGUUCACUUGGGUCCCUAAGCAGUCUUAGUGACCCCUGCUCUAACACAAAAGACUGCCAUCAACUCUGUUUACGAAGACCUCUCUUGCACUUGAACCUGACUAUUUGGAAUACGGAAGCUAUUGCCCAGACUGUCUCCUGCCACUUUAAAUGUCAAUCUCAAUUAUCCACUUAAAUCUGCAAAGAACAGCUUCCAAGAAUCCAUGAUGAAACAUGCCUACUCUUUUUUCACCUAAAUUUGACUUGUUUACAUAGCAACACCUGCUGUUGACUUCCUCCCUUUGCCCUGUACUUGAAAAGGUAUUUUCCAAUUGCCUGAAUACUUCUUUGAGGCCUGCAUAUGUUCUUUCAAUUAUAACAAGUCUAACAGCUUUUCUCCCUUCAUCAAGCAGUUUAAAUGUUCAUAGCCUCCACCCUCUCACUUUCGUCCCUCUCCUGCUCCUCCUUAUUUCUGAAAACUGCCUCUAGAGUGAAUGCUAUCAUUGCUCCAAGUGCCUGUUACUGAGUGUUCAGUUAGCUGGGGUAGGGUAGAAAGAAGUGUCUUCGCCCAUCAUCAUUCCCGAAGACAUAAUGUAGAUGUGAGCAGUGUUAUAUGUAGUACAGUUCAGUAAGUUGAGUGUCCUGUGCUAGAGUUGAUAAAGAGGCUCUUCAAAGAGCUAUAACUCUAGUGAAUAGGAAAUACCACUGAUAAAUUAAAAGAUUUAAGAGAAUUAAAAUUACUUCAAAAUGUGCCACGGUACAUCAGCUUCUAGAGGCACCUGGCAUUGCCUCUUUAACCAACCAUCCUAAUUGCCUAGAUGCUGUCAAACUUCUAUUCCUGGAAGUAUUUUCAUUCAUCAUUUUUUCACUCAUUGGUCCAUUCAAAAUGAUUGUAGGAUACCUACCAUGUACCAGGCACUGUGCUAUGCGUGGUGAUAGAAUGUGAGCAAGUUAGACCUUGUGGCCACCCUCAUGAGACUUACAGCCACUUUUCUGCUGUGACCUUGAGAAACUUACUUCCCAAGUGUGAUGAUUCAGUUUUCCUGGCUGCAUAAUACAGAAGCUGGAUGAGAUAAUCACUAACAUUCUCUAAAUCGAGGCUGGGUCCAUCAGUUUUACACCAACAUGGCCAUCCUAACUCACUAUUCUGUUCAAUUUUG